CUCGGCUCCCCCCCAGAUUACCUCCCCUUGGCUCGAUGUCCAAGACAAGGCAACCUUCUCGCAGACAGACUCACCGAUUUCUUAUGUUUCUGUCUCUCUCCUUCUUACACUCAAAGAAAACGUGUGAAAAGAAUACCAAAGGACAAGAUAUCAAUAAUUUGUGAGUUACUGCUGAGAAGUGUUUGAGGGAGGAGAUUUGAAAUAAUCUUUCACUCCAUAGAAGAUCUGUGAUCCAAAUGGAUUAGUCAUCAUCUUAAUGUUCUCUCCUUUAUCUCUUACUUGAAGGGCUAAAAUGUACCCGGUACAGUCAAUGUACCCAGUGGAUAGACCUUUUGACUAUGACAUCUGUAGCCGUGGUUUCUCCCAGAUUGACCACCAUCACUUGAACGGCUGCAGUGACAAUGGGUCGGCCCCUUCAGCACACCCCCCUACCUCAACAACACCUCAGGGCCCAAUGUCACCACAUUCUCAGCAUUCAACUGACCACAAACAGGUGUUGCCCGACAACGGCAGUAUGUGCUGGAAACCGUUUCCAGAAUCUGGUAAAAAUGGCGGCAACUUCAAGAACUGCCUCAAUGUACCCAACGCCGAUGCCAUUCAUUCCAAUUCACAUUCACUCAGCCACUCCCAUCUUUUACCCCACAUGAAUUCCCACCCUAACCAAGGGGUGGGCCGAGGUGGAGGACGGGGUCGUGGUCGAGGUUCUGGAACCAUUUCAGCGAGUACAGCAGAGAAAACCUUCAACUGCACUUUCUGUCGGAAAGCAUUUGCCCAACGUGCCAAUCUACACAUCCAUGAAAGGUCCCAUACCGGAGAGAAACCAUUCAAAUGUAGCUAUUGUCCAAAAUCAUUUUCUCUGAAGGCAAACAUGAAGAUUCAUGAGAGAACCCACACUGGAGAGAAACCAUUCAGUUGCAGUUUUUGCCAAAAAAGCUUCAGCCAGCGUGCCAACCUGGAUAUCCAUGAACGUACACACACAGGCAUCAAACCGUUUCAGUGUUCGUUUUGUCCCAAGUCGUUUCCUCAGAGAGCCAACCUGAAUAUCCACGAACGUACACACACUGGAGAAAAACCGUUCGUCUGUGGUAUUUGCAAAAAAAGUUUUAGCCAACGAGCUAAUUUGAAUAUUCAUGAACGUGUCCACACAGGUGUUAAACCUUACAAGUGCUCUGUCUGUGACAAGGCAUUUUCUCUCCGGGCUAAUCUACACAUCCAUGAGCGCAUACAUACUGGAGAGAAACCGUUCUCAUGUUCAGUAUGUACCAAGUCGUUCAGCCAACGUGCUAACUUGGACAUACAUGAACGCACGCACUCUGGUGAGAAACCGUUUCAGUGUUCAUACUGCCGUAAGGCAUUUCCGCAGCGAGCAAAUUUGGACAUACACGAGCGCACUCAUACAGGAGAAAAGCCAUUCACAUGUGCAAUAUGUCUGAAAGGUUUCAGCCAGCGUGCAAAUUUAAACAUUCACGAACGUGUACACACAGGCCUGAAGCCAUAUAGGUGUUCUGUGUGCGACAAAUCAUUCUCUCAGCGAGCUAACUUGGAUAUACAUGAACGCACUCAUACGGGACUAAAACCUUAUCAGUGUUCUUACUGUGAAAAGACAUUUCCCCAGAAAGCUAACCUUACUAUCCAUGAGCGCACACACACUGGCGUUAAGCCGUACACGUGUGGUGUGUGCAAGAAAUCAUUUAGUCAGAGGUCUAACUUAAAUCAUCAUGAAUGUAUUCGCAUACCUGUAGUGCCACCGCCACUCAUUCAAAAACCUUACACGUGUGACAUUUGUAAAAAGGGCUUUGCUCAAAGGGCCAACUUAAACAGCCAUGCCUGUGCCCAAGCAGCUAGUGCUAAAGCCUUGAGCCAAAACAAACCCCUUAGCAACAACAACACAACUAACACACCCAACACUGCUAAUGACAAUAACAACAACAACAACAAUAAUGCUAAUACUAAUAAUAAUGGUAGUAACAAUAGUAAUGGAGGCAGUGGUUCUAAUACUCCUGAUAGCACUGGGUCUGCUCCCACUAGUGGAUUGUGUCAGCAAGCCCCCCUCUCUGGGAAGGGAAAGUCAUCGGCCAGAGUGAACAUCCAUCCACCCCAGACUGCCACCUCUCCCCCUUUGCACCACUCGCACCAUUCUCCAUCACCCCAUCACCAGCAGCAACAGCACACGCCAUCAUCUUCUCCGUCACCGCACUCUCCACAUCCACCUCUCCCUCAUUCAUCACAACACCCACACAAUACCUCAGCUGAUGAGCCCCACUCACACAACAGGAGUUUCCAGCCUCCCGCCCAGUCCCCCCACCCUCCUCACUCCAUCUCCCCGCACCACACAUCUGCUGCAGCUGCCGCAGCCUUGCGACUGCAACCGUUGUCAAUCCCUUCAUCGUAUACGCACCAUCAGAUGAUGCAGUCAUGGGGUGGUAACUACGGCAGCUGGCCAAGGGGUUUCCCAAUGUCAUCCCAGUGGGGGUCGCCCGGGUGGGGCCCUAACAACAGCCCAAACACACAGAGUGCAUUUUCCUGCAAUGUUGUACCAAAGCAGAGCAAACGAGGUGCGAGUGGCAACAGUGUUGGGUCUGGAGGGGUUGACAAGCACAAACCUUCCAUCUGAACAAUUUCACUGACACAACAACAACAACAACAAGAACAAUCCUGAUGGCAAGAAUUCGGGCAGAAAUACUGAAUUGUGUUGAUAGAUGAUUAGAUGUUUGCCUCGUGUUUAGUUGCAGCUUACCGUGUGUAUGUGUGUAUAUUGACAUAUACAUAAACAUGUGUACAUGUUUGUGUGUGUAUAUAUAAAACAUAUACACACAUAAACAUAUGUACUCGUGUGUGUGUGUGUGUGUGUGUGUAUAGAUAUAAACAUAUGUAAACACAUGUACACGUAUGGAUAUACAAAGAUAAUACAAUUACAUGCGUGUUUGCAUCUGUAUAUGCAUACAUAUAUUCAUAUACACUCACAGAUAUAGGCACAUACACACACACACAUAUACACACUACAGUUUCAUGAAGUUGUCUACCAACAAAAUGUAAAAUGUAAUUUGACCCCUUAUGUAGAAAGACAGGCACUAAAUAAUGGUCGAGCCUAUACUGGCAGGUGGGUCCACUCCCAAAACAAUACCUGUGUUCGCAUUUACAUUUCCACUGUGACUUCUCAGAAACUGAGGCCACUAAAACAUCAAAUUUAAGCUUUAAAUACUGCUUUCUGCUCAUAAUGCUUUUAUAAACUUCCAACCCCAUUCAGUGCACACCCAGUCCACCCCAUCUCUCUUCUUUCCAUCCGUUUCAGUGUCUCGCCUCUCCUCCUUACCAAACCAUGCACUAAAACCUAUCAUCCAAUCAUUUCUACCUGCCGGACCCUCCCAAUAAGCUCCAACCUGCAGGUAUUCACAACCUCACCCAUCUGGUAGUUCCUGUAAAAGUUGUGGGGUUCCACCUCCUCCUGCCCGAGACCACGUCUUGUCUUAUGUUAAAAAUUCCCUGUCUAACAUGAUUUAAAAUGAAAACCUUCCAUCAAAAUUUAAUCUUAAUUUAUACUCCAAACAUCAGCUUAAUAACGACAAAGUUAUUUUAGUAAAUUCUUUGUUGUUUUAAAAAUUAAUUGGAACAAAGGCAGUUUAUUUCAACGAAAGUAUGACAAUGAAAUGAUUGAGAAAACUUGUUUUAUGUGAAGCUUAUUGAGGAAUAUUUAAAAAUAUAAUUUGAGUGAAGCCUGGCUGUAGACAAUGUGAGAGUGUCCUGUUUUAUUAAUUUACAGAGAGUUUUCAUGACCACCUUAAGAUUGGCUGGGUUUAGGCAGUCAAUGUUUCUCACUUGUUAUGACUUUGUCUGCCAGCAGAUCAGUGAAACCUGUCUAUGGCAGACAAAAUCAUGUCCUGUCCCUAAAAGUAGAAUCAUUAACAUCGGUGGACUGGGUGAUGGGCUGGAGAUAGUCUGUGUUGGCAAGACAAGACAAAGGAAGGGGUCAGGUACAAAAAUGUUGAGUCACUUUGUCUUUUAUCUCCUGGUCCAGGGAUAUUCAUCCAAGUCACUUUACAGUUUAUCUUUACGGGGACAGCUCAUUGAUGAUGUCUUGAGAUAUAUUUAUGUACUACAAUCAACAAGGGAGCCUCUCUAGUCAUUGAAUCUGCUAGAAUUAGCAGAUUUCCCUCAAGUUUCAACUCCACUACUUUGGCCUUGUCUCUCUUAAACAUAGUCACCCUCUGUUGUAGGUGAUGAGGUGAGGUCUCUGUUCUGAUGAUAACUUCUGUCAUUCUUCCACCAGUCUUGGACACCCUUAAUAGGGUCAUGGAUGCUGUCCUUCCUCUUUUAACCGGGUCAUUAAAUUAAUACAUUGGUUGAUGCAAACCAAAAUGAUGCCUGAAGAAGAGGUGGGAUGGUAACACUGUUUUUAAAAUGAAGAAGCUCACUUUGGAUAAUGUAGUCCAAGGUACACUAUACCUAGAAAAAAAGAAACUGGGUUGCAACUGCUGAAAUACCUUUCAUCAUGGGUUUGUUAUAAUCAGGACCUAUCUGAUUGGUAAAUAACAGCAGCCUUCUUCCUGCUGUAUAUCGUAGUCAAGUUGGGAUGUCAGAAGGAUCUGGAGUGAAUUAAGACAGUGUUGUCAGCAAUGGAGAACAGUAAUCCAAAGAUUCAGUUUACAACAAUUCCACUGUGCUAACAAUGAGGAUUUGGCACUGGGUUACUAAUUUCUGAGGAAGGAGAUCAAUGGGUUGAUUUAUUAUAACCAGCUCCAUUAAGCUGUCUAGGAUUAAAAGACCACCAUGUAAUGUUGGCAGUUUUUUUUUUAAAUGCUGAGAGGUAAUGCACUAGGGUGAGACAUUUAGGCCACUGCAUUAGUGCCAUCGACACUGCAUUGCCAUUUCAAUUGUAAUAAUGGUUCAAAUUUAGACAUAUGACCAGCACUUUUGAAAGCAGCGGGUUAAUCAGUUGCAUUGACCCCAGAAAGAUGAAUGAUGAAGUUGGGACUUAUAGAUCUGAAAGAAAUACAGCCGGGCAUUUUGUCCUACUU